AUGGUUGUGGUAGUACCAAUGACAGUUUUAGUGAUGGAAGGUGACAGCGGUAGGGAUGAUAAGGGUAGAAACAUUGAAAGUGGUAGUGAUAGUAACGAUGGUAGGAGUAGUAUCAGUGCCAGUGGUAACUGGGGCAGUACCAGUGACAGUGGAAGCUCUGGUAGUUAUGUUAGUCGUAGUACCAGUGACAAUGGUACCUCUGGUAUUAAUGGUUGGGGUAUUAUCAGUGCCAGUGGUAGCUCUGGUAGUCAUGGUUGUGGUAGUACCAUUAACAGUUGUAGUGAUGGAAGGGUUAAUAACAGUAACAGUGGUAGCUUUGGUAGUGAUAGCAAGGGUAGUACCAUUAACAGUGGUAGCUCUGGUAGUGAUUGUUGUGACAGUACCAGUGAGAGUGGUAGGUGUGUUAGUGAUGAUAGAGGUAUUACCAGUGACACUGAUAGCUAUGAUAGUGAUGAUGGGUUCAUACUAGAUGACAGUGGGAAGUUCUGUGGUAGCUCUGUAGAUGGUAAGGGUAGUACCGGUGACCGUGGUAGCUCCGGUAGUGAUGGUAAGGGUAGUACCGGUGACAGUGGAAGCUCCGGUAGUGAUGGUAAGGGUAGUACCGGUGACUGUGGUAGCUCCGGUAGUGAUGGUAAGGGUAGUACCGGUGACCGUGGUAGCUCCGGUAGUGAUGGUAAGGGUAGUACCGGUGACCGUGGUAGCUUGGUUGUAGUGACCCAAGUGGAGGUAAUGGGGUGCUGUGCCAGUGGUAGCUGUGACAGUGAUGUCUGGGGCAGUACCAGUGACAGUGGAAGUUCUGGUAGUUAUGUUUGUCGUUGUACCAGUGACAGUAGGAGCUCUGGUAGUGAUUUUUGGGGUAUUAUCAGUGUCAGUGGUAGCUCUGGUAGUGAUGCUUGGGGUAGUACCAGUGACAAUGGUAGCUCUAGUAGUAAUGACUGGGGUAUUAUCAGUGCCAGUGGUAGCUCUAGUGUAGUGAUGUUGACAGUGGUAUCUCUGGAAGUGAUAGGUAGUACCAGUGAGAAUGGUAGUGAUUGUAGGGGUAGUAACAGUGACAGUGGUAGCUCUAGUAGUCAUGGUUGUGGUAGUACCAAUGACAGUUGUAGUGAUGGAAGGGUUAGUAACAGUGACAGUGGUAGUUCUGGUAGUGAUAGUAGGGGUAGUACCAUUGACAGUGGUAGCGCUGGUAGUGAUUGUUGCGAAAGUACCAAUGGCAGUGUUAGCUCUGUUAGUGAUGAUAGGGGGUAUUACCAGUGA